AUGACUACCACUCCCCACUGACCAGCACUGCCCAAGAGUGUUACUCCAGGGAGGUGCCAGCCGUCCACAUCAAGGUUACCGUUCAGAACAAGCCCAGCAAAGAAGGCACUUAUGCGAAGGGUCGGAGUGAUAAAGCUGGAUCACAACAAAUCCAGGACGCCAAACCUAAGUGAGGGAAAGUGACAGGAGGUCGACAUCAUGUUCUUCAGCCUGCGGGAACUGACGGCCUGGCUUGGGGUCACUGUCCUGGAGGUGUUCAUCUGGCUAACGGCUCUGCUGGUGACUUUGGUGUUGGUGGUGCUGCGGGUGGAAGAAGUGAUGCCAUCAGUCAGUUGGUGGCUGGUGAUCAGUCCGAUGUUCAUCGCCGACGCUCUCAACACAUACUUCUGCGUCAUCGUGCUCAUUCGCAUGUACCUGGAUGGUGUGUUCAAGCCGGCCGCCCUCAGAGCACUGUGGAGUUUUUCUGUCCUCACCCUUGGCUUCACCUUUAAGUUCCUCCUGUGCCGCAAGCUGACGGACCCUUCUCACCUGGAGUACUCUGUGGUCAUGUCCCCUGUGUUUGUACUCCUGCAGCUCAUACUGAUAAGGGCAUGUCACCUCAAGUAGUCAGUUUGUUGAUACAUCUCUGUGAGGACUUAAAGUGUUUUGAAGUAUUCCUAGGGGUGGAACUGUAACUUCUCCUGCCAUGUCUUCCCUGCUGGAGUGCUUGGCUGUUUUACUCCCUUGUGUUUUUGGUUCUGCAUUUUGUUUUGAUAGGGAUGUGUCAUCUCAAAUAGUUGGUUUAUUGAUAUAUUUCUAUGAGGAUUUAUUACUGUAAAAUGUUUCCUUAGUAUCCCCCAUCUGGAGAGCUCAGUUGCCAUGCCCCCUGUCCCUGUCUCUGUCCCCUGUCCCCUGUCCCCUGUACCCAGUCCCCCUGUCCCCUGUUUGUGGUUCUUCAGUUCAUUCUAACAAGGACAUGUCAUCUCAGAUAAUUUGUUUGUCAUCCUAUUUUUACAAGAAAAGUACAUAACUAUUCCUCUGUACUUUUGCAAGUCAAUUUGACAGUUGGCUUAUCAGUUUAUUUCUUGAGGACUUCUUAUUGCAAAAUGAUUCCUAAAUAUUACUAGUGAGAAAAUUGUAUCUUAUGCCAUUCCUUCCCUUCUCUGUGCUCUUUUAACUCAUUUAACCUCAAGUAGAAUAUUUAUCAGUUCAUUUCUUUGAGGUUUUAAUGCUUCUUUCAGUAUUUUUAGUGGUGAAACUCUACCUUCAUCAUCUGCAAUACUCAAUCAUGAUAUCCUGUCUUUGUCAUUUUCUUAGGGGAUUCUUAGCACUUCUUAUUGCAAAAUGUUUGAAUAUUGUGCCUUCUCAUCUCUGUCUUUGUCCUCUGUCAUUGUCUAUUUCUGACAGACUUUUUAUCACCUUGCUUCCCAUCUGCAGUAUUCAUUUAUCCUCUAUUUUCCUUCUUACCACUUCUUACUGCAAGACGUUUAAGUAUUGUACCUUCACACAUGGGCCUUGCCCUUCUCAUUCAUUAUGUUUCUUUAACUGUUUAUUUCCCUAAAGAUUCUUAAAGCUAAGUGUGUAAGUAUUCCUUGCAUUGACAUUGUAUUAACUUGCCCAGCUUGGUUCUGUCUCAUGUUUAUUUAUUAUACAUUACCAACAACCUUUCCUCACAUGUACUCCUUUCAUCUGCUCAUCCUUCUGCCAGACUGACUGCACAAUGAUGUCUCAGAUUUGUAAUAAUAGCAGUAAGUUAUGCAAGUACAUCUCAAGUCUAUACCUAUUUUAAAUGCUGAUCAUUUUGUGUUGUAUGUUCUUGUUCAUAUUUUGAAGGAGAAUGAAGAUAUGUAUAAAGUUUAAGGGUUUUACUAUAAAGAGAUGGAAUGAAGUGUGUGUGUGUGUUUGUUCAAAGAGUAUUAGGGAUGUUGGAGUGUUAUUGAUCUGUACUGGGAUUCCUGAAAGAGUUGUAAAGUUCAUAAGUCUUUAAGAACCAUAUGUCUUCGGUAACGAAUUCAUUAAACAUUUUUCUUUACA